AAGAUUAUAUAAACCGUUUCAUUAUUUUCUUUAUUGAUUUCAUAGGUGCAAUAUUUAAUUCAUGAACAUUGUGUUGUUGUUUUUUAAAAAGCAGAAUAUACAGAUUGUUUUGUUUGUUGAUCGCUUUGAAUUACAAGCUCGUUUUAGGCGAUUUUGGUGACUUUGGUGAUGCCCCAUCCUCUUCACUCUUGCGCUUUGUACCAGCAACAACAUCUGCAUCUUCAGAUUGUUGUUCUUCGGUAACAGGCUCAACAGAUCCAACUACAUCUGGUGCUGACUCUGGUACUGGCUCUGAUGCAGACUCUGAUGCAGACUCUGAUGCAGGCUCUGGUACUGGCUCUGAUGCAGGCUCUGGCUCUGAUGCAGGCUCUGAUGCUAAUUCCGGUACUGACUCUGGCGCAGACUCUGAGACUGGCUCGUGUACCGAUUCUGAGACUGGCUCUUGUACUGGUUCUGAGAUUGGCUCUUGUGCCAAUUCUGAGACUGGUUCUGAUACUAGUGUUGGUGGUAGUGCUUGCGCUGGCGAUGGUUCUUUCUCUUUAGACUCCCUUUCAACUUCUACAUACUCUAUGCUG